AAGCAGCAGCAGACAGUCCGGAUGCUCGGCACAUCCCGGGGUGCACGCGGAGGAGAGCUGCUGUGUGUCGGUCCUGUCCGCUGUCAGCCUGCAGCCAUAUGAGCUGCUAUUAAAAACAUAAAGCAACAACAAAGGAAAGCAACAACAACAAACAAACGCGGCAGGUGGCGUUGGGCUGUACAGACCAUGUCUCUCUCCUGGAGUCUCCUCCUGGCGUUCCUGUUCGCCGCCCUGACACUGUCGCACAGCGCUGAGCCCGGAGCUCCUCACGGCAAGAGGAGACAGGCACAGACCUCAGCAGGUGGCAGCAACGCCCUUCAGCAUCCUCUGCAAGGUCCGCAGGGCCACCGGUACAGCAGGGAGCGCGGCGGGCACGGGGGCCAGGGGGCCCGCGCUGCCAAAAGUGGUGCCGGGCUGCUCUCCCACAGACCCCUGCACCCCCUGGCCAGGCCCGAGGAUGAUGGCAUGGGCCUGGAGAGUUUGAGCCCAGUGAGACUGGAGAUGGGCCCGGGCAGGGACAGAGACAGAGUUCGAAUGAGUAUGAAGAGUCCGUCCCAGGGCCGGGAAAACCAGCUGCUGGGGACACGCAAGGGAAGGGGGCAUGGACACGGGAAUGGGCAUGGACACCAUUUUGAACACAGGAGACAAGGGAGCAGGCGCGACAAAGAGCGGCAUGGAAAAGGGUUUCUUCCAGAGCCCGAGCUCAGCUCUGCGUUUAAGGACAGAGAUCUGUUGGAGGAUCCUCCCUCCUCCUCCGCCGCCUCCCCCUCCCUCAGCAUGACCCCGCCCAGUGAAGCCCCCUCCCCCAUCGCCGCCGUCUUUGGCUCCGGCUCCUCCAUGGUUACCACGGUGAUGAACGAGCAUCCCCCAACGCUGCCCCCGGCCUCCACCAAACCCCAGAGGUCUGGAAGGGGAAAAGGACAAGGAGAGGUGAUGCCAACGUUGGACAUGGCGCUCUUUGAUUGGACAGACUACGAGGACAUGAAACCUGUGGACGUCUGGCCGUCCUCCAGGAAGAAAGACAAGAGGCGGAGUAAGAACCUGAGCAGUGGAAAUGUGACUGUAGACGCCAUCGAGCCAUGUGACCACCACCUGGACUGUCUCCCAGGUUCGUGUUGUGACUUGAGACAACACGAGUGUAAACCUCACAACAGAGGCCUCAACAACAAAUGCUACGAUGACUGCAUGUGUGAGGAAGGGCUUCGUUGUUACGCUAAAUUCCACCGUAAGCGGCGCGUGACCAGGAGGAGGGGUCGCUGCGUGGUGCCAGAGUCUGUCAGCAGUGACCAAGGAGGCUUCAUCACUAUCUGAGGAGGUGGAGGACAAGAUGGAGGAGCUUGAAGGAGGAGCAGGAAAAAUGUCAUCAUGACCCCUCUCAAAGACAUCACAUGUUAACAAGCCGCUAAGUGCUGAAAGGUGACGGCCUGCUGGUGUUUCAUAUCGAUGUAAAACAUCUAAAACAACAUCUGUUCAUUUAAAACUCAACAGGUGACUCGACUGGAUAUACUUCCACAUGGCAAACCACCACCUUUCAGCACUUUUCUAAAUCAGUUUUAAUUCAGCCGUCACUCCAGCAUCACCACACACACUCAGUCCACGAUGAGCAAUGGUUUUUAAUUGGUAUAAAAGAUUCACUUGGCUGGCAACACAUCGCUGAGUGAAAUAUGUAAACAUCUCAGUGUGUGUGUUGAUGUUCAUCUCAAUUAUGGUGACUGUUGGUUUCAUUUGGAUUUUACGAGUUUCUCCUGCAGCUGAUAGUCUCCGUCCUUCUGAUCCGAGUCAAACAACGUUUACAAAUCAUUUUUAGUGUCGCAUUUCUUUGCUCGGAGUCCUAAACAGAUGCUUUUAUUGGUUCAGGGUCGUUCAAAUUCAGUCAAGUAAGCUGUCACUCAGAGGAAUUAGAUUCAACAUGACUUUUUAAAUUUGUGUGUGAGCUCUGAGGCUGAAAAUGAUUUGUAGAAGCUGUUUGAACCCGGUCUGCCGUCCUGUGUUGUAAAUAUGCAAGUGUUUGAAUUGCCGACAACAUUUUGUUAAAUUGACACCACUUCAAAUGUACUUAACAGUAGAACGAUAAACAAAGAUGCUUGUUUGACCCUUUACAUGUUUUAUUUAUACUGUAAACAUGUUUGUCCAGAUAUUGUGUUUGUCCGUCUUUUGUUUUCAUGAUUAAACACUUACUAGGUUAAA